AUCCACACCUAACUUUUUCCUGUGUGGUCAAUCUCUAUUUGUAUGUUUUGCAGGAAGCCCUCAGGCCAUGCUGAUAAGGAGGUGAUGGCUGCCACCGUCCUGACCUCGCUGUCCACAUCCCCUUUGGUGCUCUACCCUUCCUCUGCACCCACAGUCCCGGAGCCAGCCAGCAGGGCUUGGAAAGAGGUGCUGUCGGCUAGCUACAGCAGUUCAACCAGUGGCAACUGGAGCUGGGAUGCCAGCGAUCAAUCAGUGCCCUCCACACCGUCCCCACCUCUUUCCAACGAAACCAACAAGAACUUCCUGCUCUCGGCCCAAAGUGAUGAUGUCAAUGAGGAUGUCACAGAGAGCACGCACUUCUUGUUUGAGGACCCUAUACCUCGUAAGCGAAAGAACUCCAUGAAGGUGAUGUUUAAGUGCCUGUGGAAGAACUGUGAAAAGGUCCUCAGCACCUCCUCAGGGAUCCAGCGACACGUGCGCACCGUCCACCUGGGGCGAAACAACGACUCGGACUACAGUGAUGGAGAGGAGGACUUUUACUACUCAGAGAUCGAGGUCAACAUGGACAGCCUAACAGAGGGCUUGUCCAGCCUCACACCCACCUCCCCUACCACGGCAGGUCCUCCGCCUGUCUUCCCCCCGCCACUCACCGAUGUUCCUCACUCCGAUCACAUCAAUAUGAACGGUUCGCAGAGCCACGCCCCGACGCUGCUCAGUCAGUCAGCUCCCUCCACGCUCUGCCACAUCCGCACUGACCAUGCCUACCAGGCCACUGCUCCAGUGAGUAUCCCAGCGGGUCCUGAGCUGGCUGGGUUAGGCAAUGGUAAUGGCACCGGGCCUGGAAUUGGGACUGGGAAUGGCAUCAGUGUGUCGUGGCAGUCCCCUCCUGUCAUUUUCAAAGGCGUCCCGGGGCCUGUGACUCAUGUCCGGACAGUUAGCAUUGGUGAAAAGCGGCAGCCAGCAGUCAGCACACACACCGCUGUUAACAAGAACCAUGCUUUAAUAACACCGGCACCUAAAUCAACACCAGGAACCAGGAAACCCCGUGGAGAGGCGAAGAAGUGCCGAAAGGUGUACGGCAUGGAGAAGAGAGACAUGUGGUGCACAGCCUGUCGCUGGAAAAAAGCCUGCCAGAGAUUCACCGACUAAUCCGGUCCCCUUCCCGCGUCUGUGAGAUGGGCUCUUCUUCACUUGGAGUGACAGCUAGGUGGACUCUUCCACUGAGGAGUUACCGGGGGAGAUUUCUUCACGAUUGGAGCUCUCAGUGCUGCUUCCCCGAGCCCAGCAGGGGGUCCGCCUUCUCUCUUUUCCGUUUCCAAACACAACAAGAAAAUAAAACUGGUGCGUAAAAAAAACAAAAAACAAACAAAAAGCAAAAAAAAUAUCAGCAAGAAAAAAUAACUUUAUGCAGGUUUGGAGACUUUUUCUAAGACUGAAACUUUUUCACUCUGUUGAUGAAUGAGGAAAAAAGAAAAAUUUAAAUUGGAUUCCCAGCCUUCUGAUUUCUUUUUUUUGUUUUUCACUUUUUUUGCAGCCUCAACUCAAGGCUAAGUUUAAAGACUACAGAUAAGCUUUUUUGGUAUACUCUGUUGUUCAUUAUAGGAUCAUCAUGUAAUUUACUGUUUAUGGGGUGGAUCAUGACUCUUUCCGGAGGUUCAAGGGUUAACACCAGAUUCGUUCGGUGAGACCUGUAGCAUAUCCAUUUUUCAUUGUCACUGUUUAAGGGACUUCAAACCUACCAAAGGCAUACAGGCCUGUUCACUUACAACCAACAGUUUAGGUGUAAGCUCAAUCCUGAACCUAGCAUCACUGUCUUCUGCAGCCUUACAGGAUACUGACUGUAUGUUUUCUACAUAUUGUUCAGUAUCCACACCCGUUCAUUAAGCAAAUUCAGCAGAACCAGAUAUACUUCUUGUAUUUUUGCAAAGAUGCACAAAACCCUCACAAAAAGUGGUACAAAAUGUUUCCUUUUGACUUUCCAAAAUAUUUUUGAGAUGUACACUAUAUAUGAAAAUUAUUUCCCUCUCUUCUUCUCUCUAGUUAGAGAUAUGCACCUUGAAGAAAUAAGUUGUCUUUGUAUCACUGUAACCACAGCGCAUGCCUGAGAGCCUGAGAGAGUGGAUAUCUAUUUCUUAUAUAGAGUUUAUUUUCAGCAGUGACUUGCUGAAGCAACUAGCAGUUGCACUGUGCAAUCAGCAGAAUUAGAGCAUUUAUUAUGGUCUUUCUUGCUUUGUGGUUGUCAUUGUUAUUAACGUAAAGUUGAGGCUCAGUUUUUUUUUCUUUGACAGCUGAUGUUCUUGAAGAUUGUUUACCACAAGAAGUGAUAACUGCCCUUUGAAACUUAAACUUACUGUCUGACUGAUGUAUGUGCAUGUAAGUGAAUAACAUAGAGAUUGUAACCAAACAAUCACUGCCUGAUACUAAGUCAGGUAGUCUAAUACAUUUCUAACAGUUUUAAACGGAGAGGUUACCUAAUCUUUAUUCUUUUGGAAUAACUAUCAUUAACCAGCAUUGCAACAUUUGUAGAUACCAGACCUAACUUCAAAGGAACAUGUUCCUAUUAUUUUGGUAGAUGUUGUGGUUAACCCUUAGGAUUUACUGGGGUCCAACAUUUGAAAAUGAAAAGUGAGCAACAAAUCAAGUCAGUGGAGAGUAGCGGCGUAGGUGGUUGACUUAAAACUGAUUGAUAUGGAAGUGGAGCUAAAGUUUAAAAAUGUUUUACCAAAGGGGAUUUUUCUACUCUUUUUAAGAAUAGGCCUGUAAUACUAAAUGGCGGGCCUGCUUUUCCAAGCUUUAGAUGAAAUAUAGGUGGUAGCUUGUUUUUAGAUAGUGGGACAGUUUUUGAUAUAUCCCUUUCAUCUGUAUUGUUUUAAAAAAACUAAUACAUUUUCAGCAAUAUUGGCCAAUCCACGUUAAAAGCACCCUUUUAAUUUGAAUGCAAGAAAUGCAGCUCAAAGUGGUUUACAUAAAAAUUACACGCACCAAGUGCUUCACGUAAAAAAGACACCCAGAUAGAUUGCCAUAAUCAUUUUAAUAUAAGAUGGAGAAUUUUAAAGCAGGAAUACAAAACAGGAAACAGUCCUGUUUUGUAUUUCUAUUAAUUAUCCAAGACAAAAUGCAAGGACAGUGGUCACUUGACAAGCAUAUGAUCUUUCAAAGAUCAUUCUGGAUUUUUAUUAUUAUUAAAAAUUAAUUUAAUUUGUCAUUCCUACAAAAGACAAAUUAAAUAAGUCACCUAGUUAUUCUUUGAAGGUUACCAGCCUAAAAUUGUACACCUGCAGGGCCAGGUUUAUUUGUAAUUGGGCAACUUAGUGAUGAUCUCUGAUGCAAUCAGAGAUUGUUAGAAGAGUCGCUCUUCUGACCCCGCUCAUCAGGAACUAGCCAUAGGUCGACUCAGUAAAUUUGUAGAUUUAAAGGGCCGUGAUAAAAGAUGAUACUGACUUUUAAAGAUGAUAACCUGUCUCCCAUAAAGCUUGGUCAAGUUAAUUUAUUUAAUUACACAGCCCCAAAAUCACACAUUAGCCUCAAAAUGCUUCACCAUCUCUACAACAUGUGACAACCUCAGACCCUCAGUUUGGAUAAGGAAAAAACUAACUAACAAGCUCUCAGGCGGAGGUAUUACGGUGCAUAUGUAUUUUUAAAGAGAUUAACCCCCGUGCUGUUCUUCAGCAGCUUUUUGAAUGUAAAUUCUGCCGUGUGCUCUCUGCUCUCUAAGCACUCCUGACCUGACCUGAUCCCCAUAGGAACGUACAACAAACACGCUCACACAAACACAGUGCCUUUCCUCUCCUAUACAAGCAUGCCGUCAAGCAUUCAAGCGGGCUGCCUGACUGAGGUUCAGUAAGACUUCCGACCUCUGUCGCCAUAGAAACACCUGGGCUGUCCCCUGCCGCCACAGGGUCACUCGUGCCGUCUGCUCUAUGCUGAUACCACGUUAAAGUGGGCCGGUUAUCACUUCUCGAUGAAUGCUGGGAAGCAGAUCCUUGACUGUUAAUUGGUGGCUUGAAGUCAGUUGGCAGAAGCAUAUUAAGCAUACGUGUUAGCCAUAAUAGUAGUUAAUAAUCUCAUUCCGUUCCCGUUCUAAAAAUCUGUUUUGUGUUUAAAAAAAAAAAAAAAGAAUGAUCCUGCCUGUAAGUUGUUUAUUCCAGUGGCAUCCCAGAUAAGCUAGAGGUCUCCCUCUCUCUCUCUCUCAGCUUGUGAGAGCAGCCUCUCUUCAGGCCUCUUUGGGUCAGAAACUUCACAAAGUGCCAAUAAAAAGAACAUAAAAAAAGAAAAGGUAUACCGACCUAAUGAAAUUGCACUACGUUGCACUGCGUCAAGACAUGUUUUUAUACAUGGACAUUUUAUAUACACAAAUUUUGAAGUGAAAGGAUUUUCUUUUUUCCGAGCGGGUGGGAGGGGUGUCGUCACUGCCCGAUGGACUAAAUGGGGUGUCAGGGAUAGGGGUUCUGUACCUCUGGGGUCCCCCAUUAUUAGCAAGUGAUCUUGACUUUGUAAUGUCUUGCUCUCUGUGUCAGAUUUAUUGUACUAAACAUAGUGGUGCUGGCUGUUUCAGAAGUGUGGUACUGAGAAGUACAGUGUGGUACUUAGGUAGUUAUUUACUUUGCCUUUCCUUGGAGUGCCGAGGGCCGAAAGCAGCACCUGCCCUGUCUCAGUGAUGGGAAAACACCAGUUUCAGUCAGUGGCUGUACGUUAUAACAGAUGCUUUUACAGUGUUUUAUUGCCUGGAGUUUUUUUUUUCUCACAAUACUCACACAUUUUAUCCAUAAAGCUCUUCUUUGUGCUUCCAUUACUUAAAAACAGGUUUCUUCUUAUUAACAUUUAACUGAGCUAAGGUAGAAGCUGUGUAGAUACUGUUAUUAGUGCUGGAUACCACUUUUAAUUCUGUUAUCUCUGGGUUUUUUGGUCAUUGAUGGAGUGUCAAAUGUGACCCAUCAGAUCUCUCUCCACCCUCAGUGUAAGCACUUUUAGAUUCCACCAGCAGGGUUAGAGGCUGAUGCUUGUGCUGGCAGUGGAUGGUACUGCUAGCAUGUGUUAAGCUAACAGGUUUCUGCGGUUGCCCGCCACUAUUCCACCUUUAUUUCUUUUAUUUUUUUUGCACUAAAGUGGCCCGUGGCGAUCAAGGCCCGAGAUGUAUCAUUAAGAGCUUGGGUCAUUGAGUGUGGUUUGUGUCGUUAUGGCCAGAAAGAACUGAGGGUACAAAAUUGCUGUUGUGCUCAGAUCUUAGACAAAAGAACUUUACUGGGUGAUAAUUUUUGCAAAAUAGAUCUACAGUCUCAACAACUUUCACCUAGAAAACGAGGGAUGGAGAUUGAAGUUGACUGUUAAUGAGUGUGCGAGGAAACCGGAGUUAUACAGCUGAUGGAAAGCAGAAACAAGACACGCAGUGACGAUAUAGAUGGAUUUGCAGUUUCAGGGCUUUCUUGUACAUAUGCAACAUAAAGAGAACUGCAAGGCUUUUUUAUGUAUUGUUGUUUUCUUUGUUGUCGUAUCUUGUUAUAUGAAAAGUAAAAGUUUUUUUUACAGUAUAGUUGCUCAGAAUAUUUUCUUUCUUGUUUUUUUUAAAGUCGAUUGAGAAGCUAUAGUGAGCAUUAAACAUAAAGAUUCAAUAUAUAUUGUAGCUUAGAGGCAAAGGGGAGAAAAACAAAACAUGUUGAAUGUAAAACCUAAAAAAAGUCUUUUCUUUUUUGUUGUAUUUGAUGGCUAGUUUGUAUUGCCUGUAGUGAACCGUGUCCUGACUUCGGUAUCCAAAUCUUUUAACACCCACAGACAGCUGUCGCCACACUGCUAUGUCAUAUCAAAUAACACAACCAUGCAGUAUUGCUUUACCAUCUUACUUUGUGCAAUGAGAUGCUUUGUAAUGGAACGAGAAUUAAGCUUUCAGUGACAUCUGGGCUACUCGUGCACACUGUUCGUCUUUUUGUCUUUCUCCCUGCCAAAUCGUAAUCUUUCUGAAUAUGUGUGGUUGUCGUGGUUGCUUGUGGUUGUGACGUUAAGUUGUUGUUAGGCAGGAUAACCCUUCGACCUUUGGUCAUGAUGAAUCUUUAUCCUGCCCUGCACAUUCCAACAGACAGCACGCUUUUAGUGUCUUCCACGUGUUUCCUAAUAGACAUAUCCUUCCCCUUUCCUUUUUUCACUACAGUGAUUCUUCUCUGAUCACCCGUUCCUUUUUCAUUUCCUGUCCUUGUGCUAUCCAGCUUUACUGUGGUCCCACCCAAGCCUUUACCCAGUAUAUUAAGCUAAAGUAAAACCCUUAAAAUGUGCAUAAAAAAAGCCUUCGUUUUUUUCUCCACACUUCAAAAUGUAUGUUAUGUGCUCCUUUCUUGAAUGUCAGUUUUUAUUUGUGUGUAAACCAGCAGCAGCAAAGCCAAUAGAUCUCCUUCCAAAUCAAAUCAAAUGUAAUGUAAUGCAUUGCAAUGGCAGCUCCACUCAAUUCUCUGCUUCUUCUACCGCGCUGUUAUUGUUUGUCCAGGCCCUUAUGCUCUGUCUGUCAGAUCUCUCAUUUGAUGACCAUUUAUUUUUAGUUUUUACUGAGCCUGAUACUGGCUGGUGUGAAAACUGACUUUUGCUUUCUUUUUUGUUUUCUCAUUGACUGAUUGAUUGAUUGUCUGGUUGAGUUUGAGGUUGUUUUGCAUGUCCAGCAUUGCUCUUUUCCCCUGUUUUUUUUUGUUAGGAGAUACAACACUGAAGGGUUUUAUGUGUUAGAUUUUCCCUUUCAGUAACUGAUAACCCAAGGCGGAUGUAAGUUUGUUUUCCUCUAAAAGCUCAUUGCACGCACACACACACGCACACGCACACACACACACACACACACACACACACACACACACACACACACACACACACACACACAGCUAAAUGCAUUUUUAGAUGAGGGUAAACCUGACGCCAGCCUUGGGUCUUCUACUGGAGGGCAAGAUUUCUCCUGUGUGUGGGCUCGGCCUCUGGUCUUCAUCAGCAGUCCCACGCACACGGAAGAAGCACUUUCUGAGGAGUGGUGCACUCAAGGAGUAUUUGUGUGAAUGUCAAGCCUAUGACUAGUGCUUGAAAAGAUGGAUGACCAUGUAUGAUGCUGAUAAUGUGAUCUAUGUGAUGUAAUGUGAUGGAAAGAAAAUAAAUUUGAAUGGAAGAAG